AUGACAAGUGCCACGCCAUCGUCGUCAAAGCCAGCUCGCCCACGAUCCCCGCACUUUCCUCCACACAACGCUCCACGUGUAUGGUUCAUCACCAGGGGUGUAUCCCCAAUCGCCAUCGCAUUAGCAAGGCAGGUACUUGAGCAUGGCGAUUAUGUAGUAGCUGGUGUUGUGCCUACAGAGUUCGAGAAAAAAGAAGGCCAAAGCGAAGACUUUCGCAAUUUCCUCGAGGAAGUGAAGAGGACUGACAGAUGGCGUGAACGAUUGCGAGUAGUUGGUCUGGAUGCAAGAGUCGUUGGUCAAUGUCAGGCAGCGGUUGCAGAAGCAGUCGAAGCUUUUGGGCGUAUCGAUGUGCUCUUGUCUGUGAUCGGUGCUGUAGAAGAGUUGGCUCAAAGCAAUCGCACUGUAAGCUUGGUGGACGAGAUCUUCGAGAUCAACUUCUUUGCCAAUGUCAACAUCAUCAAAGCCAUCUUGCCAGUAAUGCGAGAACGGAAGAACGGUCAUAUCAUAGUCAUAACUGGCAUAACCGGCCAUCUUGGCACACCAGGACUGGGCAUGUACUGUUCCUCGCAGUGGGCGACCGAAGGAUACUGCGACAGUCUCGCGUAUGAAAUCGCCCCUUUCAACGUCAAGAUGUCUAUAGUGCAAGCCAACAUGGAAGUCAAUGUGUUGACCAACCGCAUCACUUCAGUACCACCCAUGGCCGAGUACCUGCAAGAAGAGAACCCUGCUCCCCUCGCACGCGAAAUCUUCUCUGGACUUCUGGACAAGUUGGAGCGCAUCGAGAACCCACGCCCAGGUUUCGAUGCUAGAUCCCCGGACAGCGAAACCACCACUACCCCGGAUGCUGGCAUGGAUGAGCCUACUAUGGGCGAUCUGCUCAGCUCGGACAGAGUAACAUCGUUGUAUGCGCCGUUGCCGUCAGCUGUCAAGAGUUCGUUGAUCGCCGAAACAGUUCAUGCAUUGACUGCGAUUGGUGGACAUGAUAAUCCACCGGCGAGGCAUAUCGUUGGUACAGAGGGUGUCACGGCCGUUAAGGAGAAGCUGAAGACAACAAGCGAGGAGCUGGAGGACUUCAUCGAAGUCAGUAAUGCCGUGGACAUUGCAAAGAUGGAUCACGACACUAUGAGUUCGAUGGGUUUUGAUCUUAACAUGAUGUAA